GCCAAAAGAUCUAUGUUAAGGCUGUUCGUUGUUAUGUUAUGAUUUUUGAUUGCUUAGGUAAUCCACUACACCGGCACCCUAAUUAUUUUAGCAAUUUAUCUAGAAAUUCUUGGAAUUUAUACAGCAGUUUCAUCAGAGGUUAUCAAAGGAUUUCUGUUAGAAAUACUUCUCGGAUUUUUUCAGGAUGUUCUCCAGAUUGUUAAAAAAUAUCCUUGAAAUUCUCCUGGAAAAAAAAAUCUGUGUAAAAUUUGCUCAUACUUUUUCAGGAGAAUUAGGUUUUCUAAGCUAAAUUUCUGAAAUGAAAGAAAAGUUUGUCCAUGUACUCUACAUAAUUAAAGAUGCAUUUUCGCAACUCCUUAGAUUUUACUAUUAUUAUUACUGCAAAACUUUUCCAUCUUUCGACUUGAUAUUUAUACAGCGUUAACUACUCUAAUAUGGGCCCACUGUGGUAAUGCUCAUUCAUUCUGUUUUCCCCAAUGAACUAAACAUGCGCAGGGCCCAUUUUAAAAUGUAUAAAGAAAGAACCGCUUACGAACUGUAUGAACUGAAUUCUAUGAAUGAAAAUGCUGGAAACAUAAUGCUCAAAGCAGAACAAUCAAAAUAUAAACAAAAUUCAAGCAUCCAGAACAGAUGUGUUCUCCGUGUGUUGUCGUGCACCGGGGAUGAGCACAUGCUCAUAAACUCUUUCUGGACUCUGGUAUGCGUGAUUUCAUGUGGCAGGAUGUAAAGUGACAAAAUAAUGUACAUCAUCGUCGUCACCAAAUUUGGAUUAAUUGUGCAAAUUUAAACUCAUUUUCACCAUGAAACCUGUGUCCUGUGUUGGGUUGCUAGUGCUGUUGGUAGGAGUUUUAGUCACUGUCAAAGGAAGCAUAUUGUUUCAAAGCCCAAAAGUUCUAAUCGUCUCUCUAAUCCGAAACAAAGAACAUACGCUGCCCUACUUUUUCUCUUAUCUGGAGGAUCAAGAAUACCCGAAAGAUCGCAUCUCGCUAUGGUUCCGAUCAGAUCACAACGAGGAUCGCAGUAUAGACAUCAUAAAAGCCUGGCUCAAGAGAGUAACCAAGAAGUAUCAUAGUGUGGACUUCGGGUAUCGCAGCGAUGCAGCGAAACGGUACGAUGAAAAAAGCAGUACCCACUGGUCGGAAGACCGGUUCGCCGAUGUGAUUCGAUUGAAACAGGAAGCGCUUGACAAAGGAAGGAAAAUGUGGGCCGACUUCGUUUUGUUUUUAGAUGCAGACGUCCUACUGACCAAUCCCAACACGAUCGCCAAGCUCGUCAGCCUAAACUUACCAAUCGUGGCACCGAUGCUUCUGUCCGAUGGCUUGUAUUCUAAUUUUUGGUGUGGAAUGACAGCAGAUUAUUACUACCAUCGGACAGACGAGUACAAAGAAAUCCUCAACUACGAAAAAACUGGUGAAUUCCCGGUUCCAAUGGUGCACAGUGCGGUCAUGGUGAACAUCAACGUACAGCAGUCCUUAAAUCUUUCGUUCGACAAGAGACGUCUACCUCCAGGACAUUACACCGGGCCAGUAGAUGAUAUCAUCAUUUUUGCCAUGUCAGCUAACUACAGCUCGAUUCCAAUGUACAUUUCGAAUUCCGCAUCAUAUGGCUAUAUCCUAGUGCCGCUGGAACAAGGGGACCCCUUGGAGAAAGACCUGGAACAGCUUACGAACACCAAAGUCUACAUAAUCAACGAGCAUGGCGCGAUCAAUCUCAAAGAAGACUUGAAACACUUCGUACCUAAGGUUCCCAAAGAUAAAAUGGGCGUCUCCCACAUCUAUAUGAUCAAUUUGGAAAGGAGACCCGAGCGCAGGAAUAAGAUGUUCAACAAUUUCGAUGAACUCGGUUUAGAUGUGGAAUUUUUCCCCGCUGUGGACGGAAGGCAGCUAAGCGAUGAUAAGUUGCGAGAUAUUGGUGUCAAGUUCCUCCCCGGAUACGCAGAUCCGUACCAUAAAAGACCUAUGACCAUGGGCGAAAUAGGUUGCUUUCUUAGUCACUACUACAUCUGGGAGAAAAUGGUUGCCAUGAAUCAAGAGGAAGUUCUCGUCCUGGAAGAUGAUAUUCGAUUUGAACCUUACUUCAAACGACGGGUUGCUCAAGUUUUGGAUGAUGCUCGUCGUAUCGGUGGAUGGGAUCUGAUAUACUUCGGCCGCAAACGAUUACAGGAGGACGAUGAAAAGUGGGUAGUUGGAUCUGAGACUUUGGUCGUUGCUGGUUACUCGUAUUGGACCUUGGGAUACCUGAUAUCGCUUCAGGGUGCUAAGAAAUUGCUCGAGGAAAAGCCACUUGAAAAAUUAGUUCCUGUAGACGAAUACAUACCGAUCAUGUUCAACAAUCAUCCCAACGAAUCUUGGGUGAACCAUUUUAAGAAUAGAAACUUAGUUGCUUGGAGCGCUGCCCCAUUGUUGCUGUAUCCAACUCAUUACACUGGCGACGAUGGUUAUAUUUCGGACACCGAGGACUCCGCUCGGAUUGAUAAUUUCAAUAAGGUUCUUAAUGAUACCUCGGAUAGUUCGGCUGAAAAGAAAGGUGAUAAGGAGCAGUUGAGCAGCAAAACUCUGAUGGAUUCAACUAUCUCCAGGGACGAACACGAGCUGAGCGUUGCCAAUCGGAAGAGCGAGCUCUAGCAUAGACUCAAGCUGAAUUGAUCCUUGAUGGAUGGAUGACUGCCGUAACUCGCUAAAAUUUACAAUACAAUAAGUGCAAAAUGAGAUUUAAUCAAACAAUUUUAAUAAGCAAUGAACCAAAAAUAUGUAUGUGCCUUAUAGGGUUAAAAGAUUUGCGUGUAUCGAAAUUUCUAACAAUAAAAUCGUUUUUUAUAAUAUUA